AAAUCAUUUUACGCGAACAAUGUCAACACUUCGGGUACGGUUAAAGUCUCACUGUAAAUGAGGCUAUAGCGCUGCGCAGUAAGUCUUUUGAUCGUAAAUAUUUAGUAGGAGAAAAGAUGAAAGAGAAAUUGUACGUUUUGAGAGGUUUUACUGUACAUUUAUUAAUCAGCGCUGCGCAUAUUACAUAUAUAUACAUAAAAAUGUUGACAAUGGAAAUGCCAAUACAAGAACAAGUGUUGCAAUCGGUUGGAGGAAAUGAACAAUUGUUGAAUAAGUUGUCGGAUAAACUUCGAUUAUGGCUAAAACAACAACUUCAUCUUCCUCAAGAAAUUUCUGAUCGUCGAUUGAAGUACUUCAUCUAUUCUGCGAAAUUUGAUUUUGAAAAAGCCAAGAAACGUCUGGAUCUCUUUUACACUAUUCGUACUUUGAGUCCCAAAUUAUUUGGUGAUUAUGAUCCAUUGGAUGCUGGUUCGAUUCAACAAGACAGUUACGUACGAUGGAUACCUCUGCCAAAGUUAACGCCAGAAAAAUAUAGAAUAAUGUUUUUCCAGAUACUGAACCAUGAUGUAGAUGCGUUCGAUUCUUACAAAGUUGCACAACAUACUUUUCGGACAUUUGACCUGUGCAUCGAGGAAAACAUAGUAGAUAAUUGCGAUAUUCUCAUUUGGGACUGCAGCAAUGUACUUCUCAGUCAUAUAUUGAAGUUUACACCAAACAUAAUGAAAGAUAUUACCAUUGGCCUGGAAGCAUUCGGCGCAAGAGUUAAAGCAAUUCACAUAUUCAAUGCGCCCUCUUAUAUAAAUGUCUUUUUGACAAUGAUGAAAUCAGUAAUGAGCGCAAAACUUAUUAAAAGAAUAUGUGUUCAUAAAUCUGGAGUGGAAUCAUUGUAUGAAAUUAUACCAAAAUCGCUUUUUCCAAAAGAUUAUGGCGGUGAUCAACCGUCAACAUGUGAAAUAACAGAAAUGUGGCGUGCGAACUUGAUUAAAAAAAGAGACUGGUUCUUGGAACAGAACAAACUCAAAACCAACGAAUCUCUGCGAUCUAAUUCCGUAAUAAAUCUGGACGAUCUAUUCGGAGUUUCGGGAACAUUCCAAAAACUGGACAUUGACUAAUGCAGAAUAAAGUAUAUGGAACGUAAAAAGUAAAAACUUUGGCAACUGUGAGAAACACGAUGAAACUUAUACGUGUGUGUGUAUUAAUUAUAUGUAUUAAUACGAGGGAUAUUUUGUAUCAACUUCGCAACUAUCUAUUCUCGAGUUUAAAUCAUGUACUAAUGCUAGAUUUUAUUCACCUCUACCGAGAUUGCAUAGAAUUUGGAACCAAGUAUUGAAUGAAACAUUGGAAAUGGAAUCCAUUAGUAAUUAUAAGCGUAAAGUACAUUAGUUGAUUUAUUCUGAAAACUUUGUUAGCGAAUGGUAGCACUCGCGAACUUUGUCUUUGCAUUGUAUUACUUUGUAUAAAAGACUAUAACCCGUUUAAAUAAAUAAAUAUUUGUUAAAAA